AUGGCUGCAGCAAAUGAAGAGUCUGUACCAGUAUUUGUAUCAUCAACAGAAGUGAGUUGCAUAUUUUUAAAAUUGAGAAAAAUAUAAAUGUUCAGCUAAUUUUCCGUAUCAAUGAAAAAACUCCAGCCAAACUCUUCACAUUGUAUAAUCCUUAUAGUUACCCAAUUAGUUACAAAAGUAAGUGAAUUUGAAAUGUUUUUAAUUUCAAAAACAUUGUUUUUUUUCAGUUCUAUGUACAGCUACUCGAAACUACACAGUCAGCGAAUCAACAGGAUCACUGUUAGCUGAUUGUUGCAAAGAUAUGUGAGUAUUUUCAACUAUCACACAAUUUUCAAACAACAAUACAUGAUUUCAGCGUGGUUCGAAGUAUUCAACGUUCUCAAGUUGGUAAUCUUGAUAGGUUAAAAAUUGAAAUGAUGAGAAAAGGUUCAUCAAAAGUUAUCGGAUCUCGUGAAAUCAAUCUUCGAACAGUUCCUGGUGAUUAUAUUGAUAAUGUUCCACAAGAAGAAAAUGAUCGGAUGCGUCAUAUGCCGGCAAUGACAGCUUCAGUAACAAGUGUUGAGAAAAAAGAUGUUCGUUUUUUUUCUGAAUUUUUGUUUUCUAACAGAUAUUUAUUCAUAUCAAAUUUGUUUUUAGAAUCAUUCUGCAACUUGGGCUUAUCUCAUUGCUGGUAUAUUCUGUGCAGUUGCUCUUGUUUGCCCAACUGCGGGUGACCCGACAUCAACAAACUCAUCAAUCCCCCCUCUAUUGCAUAUAACUCUACCUCAAAAACUGGUCGCUGCAUAUAUUCUUGGAAUCGUCACAAUUUUGAUUCUUCGACCGCUGUAA